AUGGGGACACGAUUCAAAGACGACACCAAAGACCCGGCGAUCAACGUCACCUCAUGGGUUCUUAUGGUCACGAUCAUUUUUAGUGUCUUGGGUCGUUUGUGGACUAAAUUUCAACUGUUCAAAAAGCUCACCGUCGAUGACCUCCUGAUCGUUGCUUCUCUGGUCUUUGGCGUCGGUCAAACUAUCGCUGUCUCGCUGGCAGUUGGGUCCGGUUAUGGGAAGCAUUACAAAGAUGUCUCUGGCGCCGAAUUGGACCAAGUGAUGAAGAACCUCUUCGCGGGGUCUCUUCUAUACAUUCUGAGCCUGGUGUUCUCGAAACUAUCCCUGGCCGUGUUCAUCGGGAGCCUCACACCAUCUUCGAAAGAUAAAUGGUUCGCCCGGGUCGCCAAAACAAUUGUCUAUGUCUGGGCAAUCGUUGCAAUCUUUGGGACUGCUUUCCAAUGCUCCGUGCCACGCACUUGGGACUUUUGGAAUGGCCAAUGCUUUGACCUGUUAGCAUGGCGCUACUUCAUCGUCAUCUCCAACGUGGCUACCGACCUCGUGAUUUUCACGCAGGCGAUGAUCCUGGUUGCAAGCGUCCAAACGACGCUGGGCCGACGCCUGAUUUUUGCGGGUAUCUUCCUGCCCCGGCUCUUAGUCGUGGUAGCAACGAUCAUCGAGCUCGCUUUCAUUAAGCAAGGCACGCAAACCAACGACCCGACAUAUCACAUGUGCGAGAUCACCAUAUUCGAAGCGAUCAUCCAGUGCCUCAGCAUCGUGACUGCCUGCUGGGGGCAAAUCAAGCCUUUGCUGUCCUGGAUGCGAUCGAACGGACUCAAACUCGGCGGCGUAGAAGACCCGACCUGUUGGAGGAGCUACAAGAUGACCACGCAGUCGUGGUCUAAAUCGAGGGACCGCAAGAUCAACCCCGAGAGCCAUGAAAACUACCCCCUCCCGAUACAACCAGACCAGAUCCUCGUCACGCAGAACUGGGAAGUCGACUCGCAGACUUGGGAAGUCGACAGUCAGUCGAGCCGCGCGCACAUCGUGGGGCCGGAGACCCACCCCUGGGCGAGCGACGGCCAGCGAUCACCCGAUCGAUUAAGUCAAUAA